CCAAAGCCAAGUUGGAAGGACAUUCCAUAAAGAUGCAAAUAGACACUGGAUCGAGGGCAUCAUUAGUGUCUUAUAAAAUCUACAGGAAACACAUGAGACAUCUCCCUCUACGUCCUGCAGACACUGUUUUCAGAGCAUACACUGGACACACGGUGCACAUGAAAGGAAUGACCGAUGUACUGGUGCAGUGUAACGAUCAGACUGUGAGACUUCCAGUCUACAUCACCCAGGGAGACUACGCCGCCAUAAUGGGUCGGGUGUGGUUAAAGGCGAUCCAUCUCAACUGGCAAGAGGUGAGAAAAAUGUCAGACAGUUCUACACAGCUUCAGAUGAUACUGGAAAAGCAUAAAGAGGUCUUUCGUGAUGAACUGGGCUGCAUGGAAAAUAUUACAGUAAAGCUACAUGUCAAACCUGACACUAAACCUGUGUUUUUGAGAGCGAGACCAGUGCCGUACGCCAUCAGAUCAAAGGUGGAAACUGAUUUGGAUGCUUUGGUCAAAAAUGGAGUCUUGGAGCCUGUAACGACUAGUGAGUGGGCUACACCCAUCGUUCCAGUGCAAAAGAAAAAUGGUGGAAUCCGGACAUGUGGAGACUUUAAGGUGACAGUCAACCCUGCCUUAAUAGCAGAACAGUACCCACUUCCCCUGAUCGAUGACUUAUUUGCUGGGCUGAGUGGAGGUCAAAAGUUCAGCAAAAUAGAUCUCAAUCAGGCGUACCUGCAGAUGCAGGUGGAUGAACAGUCACGUGAGAUGCUGACUAUUAACACACACAAAGGGCUUUUCAGAUACUGCAGACUGCCUUUUGGUAUCACUUCUGCCCCGGCUCUGUUCCAGCGAGCUAUGGACCAGAUACUCUGUGGUCUAGCAGGAGUGCAGUGCUAUUUGGAUGACAUCCUGUGUACAGGAGCAAAUGAUGAAGAUCACCUGCAUAACUUGGAUGCUACACUUCAAAGAUUGAGAGAGUAUGGACUAAGAGUUCGCAAAGAAAAAUGUGAUUUCUUUCAAUCAUCUGUGGAAUACCUUGGACAUGUGAUUGAUGCUAAAGGACUUCAUACAGCACCAUCCAAAAUCACAGCCAUCGUGGAGGCACCUCCACCUCAAAACAUCAGCCAGCUGCGAUCCUUUUUAGGAUUAUUGAACUAUUACGGACGUUUUAUUCCUAAUCUAGCAUCACUGCUACAGCCACUGCAUGAGUUGUUACGCCAGGACAAGACAUGGAAAUGGACAGCCAGCUGUCAGGAGGCUUUUGAGAAAGCCAAGGGGGCGUUAACCACAUCAGAGGUGCUGACUCACUUCAACCCAUCACUCCAAAUUCAGCUAGCUUGUGAUGCAUCCCCAUAUGGAGUGGGGGCAGUGUUAUCUCACAUACUGCCAAAUGGUGAGGAAAAACCGAUCGCUUUCGCCUCCAGAACGUUGAACAAGGCAGAGUCCAACUAUGCUCAAAUAGAAAGAGAGGCACUGAGCAUUGUUUUCGGGGUGAGGAAAUUCCACCAGUAUUUAUAUGGGAGGAAGUUCACUCUCCUAACGGACCAUCGACCUCUCACGACCAUCCUGGGACCACACACUGGGAUACCAUCUCUCGCUGCAUCAAGACUGCAGAGGUGGGCUCUGCUGCUAUCUGCUCACGCUUACGACAUCAAAUAUCGUAAGUCAGACUCCCAUUGCAACGCUGACGGGUUAUCCAGACUUCCUCUUCCAGUCACAAAGCCCGAUUCAAAAACGGAGGACAUUUUUUACUUUAGAGAGGUGGAAAAGGCACCUGUUUCAGCAGUGCAGAUCAAAAAAGUGACUCGCAACGACCCAGAGCUGUCAGAGGUCAUGGACAUUGUUGUUAAAGGUCGACCUGCUGGUGACACUGUGCGCCUGAAACCUUAUAUGGGAAGGAGGUUGGAGCUUUCUGUCCAGUCGGGAUGCCUGCUAUGGGGGAGGCGAGUGAUCAUUCCACUGUCACUUCGAGAAAAAAUGUUGCAACAGCUUCAUGCAGGACAUAGUGGAAUAGUCAAGAUGAAAGAAAUAGCGAGAAGCUAUUUUUGGUGGCCAGGCAUGGACAAACAAAUCGAGGAAAUGGCUACAUCUUGUUCAGCUUGCCACAAAACCAGAAAUAACCCACCAUUAGCUCCCCUGCAUCCGUGGGAAUAUCCCCAAGAACCAUGGCAGCGGGUCCACAUUGACUUCGCAGGGCCAGUGGAAGACAGAAUGUUUCUGGUUGCUAUUGACGCACACAGCAAAUGGCCUGAGGUGGCGAUAAUGAGAUCUACCACCACAGAAAGGACCAUCGAAAGGCUAGGAGAGAUGUUCUGUCGGUUUGGAUCUCCGGUUCAGUUAGUCUCUGACAACGGACCUCAGCUGGUGUCGCAUGAAAUGUCUGCAUUUCUACAAGCAAAUGGAGUGCAGCAUGUCACCUCAGCUCCUUACCAUCCUGCCACAAAUGGCCUUGCUGAAAGGUUCGUUCAGACUCUGAAACGUGCACUGAAAGCAUCACAAGGACAAGGAACAUUACACCAAAGACUACAUACUUUUCUGCUGAACUACAGAAACACUCCUCACAGCACUACAAAGGCAUCUCCUGCAAGCCUAAUGUUCAAGAGAGACCUGCGUACGACCUUCGACCUGUUGAAGCCCUCAGCAGUAAAAGACACAGUUCGAGGCCAACAGGAAAAACAGAUACAACGCAGGGAACGACAGGCGAAGAACAGAGUCUUCACAGCAGGCGAGACUGUGUUAGCGAGGAACUACAGUGGAGAACCUAAAUGGGUUCCUGCUACUAUCCUUGCUCAGACUGGACCAGUCUCCUACUCCGUUCAGACAGGUGACAGUGUCUGGAGGAGACAUGCUGAUCAGCUCCUGUCUGCGUCACCAGUGUCAGCAGAGCUGUCCUCGAAAGAUCAGACAGAUGCAGUGACCAACCCUUCAGUUCCUCUCCACACCCAAGUAAGACAUCCAGUGCCAGAUACAUCUGUUCCAGCUGCAAGUGUGACUCCAAAUGAGACUGAGACACAUGUGCAGUUGAGCCCUAAAGACGGUUUUCCGUCAGUGGACAAUAAGACUGAUGCCCCUGCAGAGAGCAGGUAUCCUAAAAGAGAGCGGCGACCCCCUACACGCUUGAGUCUUUAGAAUAGUUAGCAACUAUCCCAGACCAUCAGGGGCAGAAUAAUCCCCUUGGGAUCAGUUGAGGGAUAGAGGCAGUCUACCCUCAUCCCUGAGUUAGAGUUAAAACAUAUACCUGUUAGGUGUGGUUUAAAGAAAAAGAUAAGGUUGUGACAUUUAGUUGGUUGUGUUAAGUCACGUGUUGAGAUAAUCUUAGAUACCAGAAAUAAGUUGAAUGUGUAUGUUUACGUUCUUUGAAAUAGUAGCUGAUUAUUUCUGUUGUUUUCUAAAAGGGACAUCUGUUGUAAGAGGGGAGGAGAUGUUAUGUAUUUGGAGCUACUAGGGCUGCCGUAGUUGUGAGGGACGCGGGGAAUUAUGGGUAAUGUUGUCAUCACAAUACUAUACUCCUGGAGAGCGGGAACACGGCUGUAUGUUCGGAGUAGUAAGCUACAAUAAAAGGUUAACGAUCUAUC